UCCUUUUGAGAUCUAUGGAGAUGUAUAUGAUAAUGAAUAUUUUUUGGAUGAGCAAGAUAAAACAAUCUCCAUUUUUAAUCUUGAGAUAGUUGAUGACUAUUAUAUUUAGGUUCUCCAUAGUUUUUUCCUUCAACAAGCUUUCUAAUGGUUGGGAUACAAAUUAGAUGGGUUCAAGAGGCAUUGUCAAGGUUGAAGUCCAUGAAGAAUAAAUGCUAAAAUUUAUUCCAUAGUUGGAAGAUAAGAUCAUACAAGAUGAAGUUGAACGACUACAAAAAAAGAUCCAUUAAUUGAAGAAAAAGUGUCCACGUCUAAGAUCUGCAUCCUAUGGCUCCAUUAUAUCAUGUGAUCGUAGAAUUCAUGCUGCCUUGAUUAUCUAUGCCCUAGCUUUCUACGUUUAGGUUCAUGGUUCAACCGAUGCAACAACUUGGCAAUCACUUCCUCUUACUAUUGGUUAAGGGAUACUCAUGAUUGCUGCUACUUGAUGCUAGCAUUUUCAAAAUGCUGAGCAAAAGGCAAUGUAAAUGUAAUGAACUAGGCGCAAAAUAAAGCAAUAUUUUUUACUAACUAGUGGACUCAUGAUGUGUUUGUGUGUGCGCACACACAUACAAUAAUAAUUUAUUUGACCAAACCUAAAUCAUGUACGGUGCUAAUUUUUAAAACAUGUAGUGAUACAUUUAAUAACCAUAAUUUUAAGUUAUCUAAAAAUCUAAAAAAUGAAUCAAUGAUAUAAAGAAUGAAGUGAUAAAAUAAUAAUUAAAAAUUAAGAAUACUUGUGAUUCAUAGAUCAACUAGUGAUUGAGGCGAGGCAAUAUUGAGCUAGAGAGUGCGUGGAUGAGGCAUGGAGAAGUGCGUGGAUGAGGCGUCGAGAAGCAUGUAAAGAUUGCAAGGAGAAGUACUGCUGCGAAAAAAAAAAAACUUAUGAAUGAGAAGUUACUAGUGUCAACAAUAAGAUCUAGUGAGAAACAUAUAAGAAAUCCAAUGACAAGAAAGUGUGAAUAGGAUAAUCACCACUAAGUACCUAUGGAGGGAGAAAAUGAAUAACCAACAAGCAACAACCUAAUGACUACGAGAACCAAUACUAAGAAGCAAACAUAUAUGCUAUAGCUAUUGCAGUAGAUGUUGAACUGAACCAUAACAUUUGAACUAGUAUUUCAUUUUUAACUAGAGUCAAAUGCACAUUGCUAAGACAUGAUACGAUAAAGCACUGCUAAACACACUCAUAAAGUGUGUUUUUAAUGACACUUCUUGAUGCUAAACAUUUGAAGGUAUUACAACUCAUGAAUUACUUCGUCUACUUGUAGAAUCUCUAUCAAAUUCUUCGAGAGAAUAGUUAUUUUGGGGUUAAGAGAAUUGAUGCAACACAUGAUUGCUCAAUAAUAUAAUUUUUUUGUCAUUUUAGAUGUUUUCAUGUUUCAUGUUAUUUUUUUAAGUUAUGGUAAAGUCCUUAUUUUUUCAUGAAAUGAGAAGUUAUAAAAGGGUUUUAGUUAUUUGCAUUUUUCUCUCUAGUAGGCUCAUAUAUGAUGUUUUAAGUUGUUAAAUUUUCUAGUGUAAAUUAUACCAAGGCUACUUAUAUAAAUAGAGUCUAAAUUCCUCCUUGAAAGUUGAUCACUGUUUUGAAACUGAAUCUUUUCUUAUUAUAUCACCAACCCUAGCCUUCUCUCCCUAUUUCUUAUUUCUUUGUGAGUAGUUGUGAUGUUAAUCAAGGAUCUCCUUACUGUGUCUAAAGAUAAAAAAGAACUUCAAUGUGCUAAGUUUUGAUUCUCUUUAUCAAGUCUAAUCUCAUUUUUAAUCAUAUGUUUUUCCCUCGUCGUCCUUUUAUCCACUUAAUCAUUAGCAGCUAUUGUUUUCACAAUGAGAUGAUCAGUGAACCUGUUUUUACUAACUAGAGUAUUACUAUAAACUUGACAGCGGUUGUGCUGAAUGCUUGUUGUAAUGGGUAGCUCUUUGCAUUUCGUCUGUUGCAAUUAGACUAGGUAUGCUAAUUUGCUUAUUCAUAUGCUGUUUCAGUUACCAAUGGAGAUUAAUUGAGGUGAAGUUGGUUCUCUAAUAUUGUUUGUUAUCAAGUGUUUCUUUUGGGAAAAAUCAAAAUUGUGUUGCAUGAAUAUACCCAUAUUUCUUUGGGUAUGAACAAGAAGUAAUAACUAGAGCUUUCAUAGGAGAUGAAAGCAAUAGCUAUUCUUCUCUUUUUCUUCUUACCAAGAUAAGUAAUUAACUUAGUUAUUAAGUAUAAAAAAGGGUUAUGCUCUUAUCAAUAUAGGAUUUGUGGAGAGGUUGAUAUACUUGGCCUUAGUCUUUCAUUGUUGAGUGCCUAUUUCUUUGAAAUCAAACUCGUGAUGUUCAAGUCACAAUGGAAAUUGUUUUUGUGGACAUGAUAGUUCUCAAUUGCUGAAAAUCCCAUUUUGUUACUUGCACAAAAGUAUCAUACAAUUAUAGAUAGAUAUGGUAGUAGGAAUAUAAGGUAUUUAGUGGUUAUUUUUUUUAUGCUGUUAUGUUAAUUAUAUUCUCUUACCCAUCUUAGAUGAUAUGAGUUUCCAUCCAUGUUAUGCAACCUUCUAGUGUAGUGAUGUUAUUUCAUUUUCUUUAUCAAAUGGUAGAUUGGACAAGUAAUUUAUGGUAAUAGAACCCCAAAGGGCAACAUGUGCUAUAUUAUAAAGGCACAUCAUUAUUGUGCUAUCAAUAAUAAUUGCAUAAGCUUAUAUGUCUGUGUGGCUUGUUGGUUAUUUGAUGAUAAUAAUCUAUAUGUGAUAUCAUCUUAUGAUUAUAAAAGUAUUGUCUUUCAAGUCAUUCAAUUUGUGACAAUCAUGAUGAUGAGGAUGGUGUUCACUUGUUUGAUACUUGUACGAGAGCUUAAGUUGUACACUUUAUGGAGACUCAAGUGCAAGGGUUGAUCUAAGGUUGUAUUAGAGUUCAUUUUUUCAUAGCUUUACCUUACAUAUAUUUGCUACAAUUCUAUUUUAAUGCAUUCUUCUUGUUGCUUUUUAUAAAUUAUUUUGGUGAGAAACAACAUUUUCUCUACCAAUUAUGUUUGAAUGUGGUAGCUGUAAGAAUAAUUAUUCGACUUAUUCAAAAAGUAAAAAGUCUAUAAUACCCGAAAGAAUUUUUUUAAAAAAACUCUUUUUCUUGACAAUUUUAUAGCUACUUUUAUAGGUAGUUGCAGUCGCCCCAAUUGGACGUAGAGGUGCCAAUUGAUGGCACGACAUGAAUACCCGACUCGAACCCGAUCUGAAAAAUUUGGGUUUGGGUUGAACCGUUUAACAAAUGGGUCGGGUUCAUAUUCUAAUUCUUGACUCAUUUAAAAAACUGAGUCAUGUCCUGGUCAACCCGUUAAUCCGAAAACGACCCAAAUUUGAUCCGCUCUGGGUUCGCCCUGUCCCCGGGUCCUCAUCCUGCAACCUGUAGUCCUGUACUGCACCACGCUUUCGCAGCCUCGCAGGCUUGCACCCACGCUCACGACGCACUAGCAAGUCACACCCGUGCUCACGCCGUCGCGUUGCGAGCUGGCCUUCGCCACUUGCCACCGUUGAUUGUAGUUGAACAUAAGGUGUAAAGGCUAUUAUACUGAGUGUAAGAGGGCUUCUCUAUCAUAAGGAGAGAGAUAGUGGAAUACUAAGUAAGGGGAUCCUUGGGUAUGAAUGCAGGCUAAUUGGGCAUCAAAUCACGUAAAAAAAUCUAUUGUUUAAUGUAGAUUUUUUAAAUCUUGAUCAUUUAUGUAAUAAACAAGCAUGCUUAUUAUUCUUGGGGUGAUUCACAUGCCAAUGUUCUUAUGUCAUUGUGAUUUAGUAGAUUUAUUAAUUGUGCUAUGAAAUUUAUACUCAUACAUAUAACAAGGUUCUCUUUGUAAUCACCAUAAUCAAUGUGUGAACAUUUGUUGUUUGGCUUUGAUGUUUGAUCUUUUAAUAAUUAGAGCGUAUGUCUUCAAGUGAAUUGUUAUUUUUAAGCUUAACAACUUCACUCACUCACUUUGUAUUAUACACUUAUAUCUUAGAUUUUAAUUGUUUGAUUUUGUUGUUUGCGCAAGCUUUUGCUAAUCUUGAUUGAGUGUUACACUCAUACUUGCGCUUGUUGUUCAUUUAUUCUUUAAGUGGCAUAGUCUAUCUAUCUACUUCCUUAUACCUGUUGGAUUGAUUUAAUUCGACGCAACAAUGACACUAUUUAAGAUUUUUCUUUGUUUAAUAUGCUUGUUCCUGGAAAACAUUAACUUAGUUAUCACCAGUAUGUUAUACUUGAGCAUUAUACAUGUCCUCGUAUAUUAAUUAAUUUUGUGAUUAUGGUUCUAAUUCAUAGAGUUUGAGACUUUUCUCAGGCUUAUUUUAUACUCGUGGAAAAGCUGUAGAGCAGUCCUCCAAAAACUUUUCAGUAUUGAGUAGAGAGCUAGAUCCUUCGAAAUGCUGCUUUAUGCCAAGUUAUUUUGGAGCUAUUAAGAGACAAAGAACUUUGGAAAUGGUUAAUAUCGGUGCUUUUCAUCAUAGGCUAUUCAGCUCAGCCGCUACAAAUGCAAAGAGGAAUCCAGCCUUUUCAACUAUAAAUCCUGAUGAUGUUCUUCAUUUCAAAGAGAUAUUAGGUCACAAAAACGUUAUUCAGGAUGAGGAUAGAUUGCUUGCUGCAAAUGUUGAUUGGAUGCGCAAGUACAAAGGUUCAAGUCAGCUUUUGCUCUUACCUAGAAACACUGAAGAGGUGUCCAAAAUUCUUAAAUAUUGCAACUCCAGAUGUUUAGCUGUUGUUCCACAGGGUGGUAAUACUGGACUAGUAGGUGGAAGUGUGCCUGUCUAUGAUGAGGUAAUCAUCAAUCUUUCGACAAUGGACAAGAUUAUUUCUCUUGAUAAGGUUAAUGGUAUUCUCAUAUGUGAAGCUGGUUGCAUCCUGGAAAAUUUAAAUUCAUUUUUAGCAAAUGAAGGUUAUAUCAUGCCACUUGAUCUAGGGGCAAAAGGAAGCUGUCAGAUUGGUGGAAAUAUUUCCACGAAUGCUGGUGGUCUGCACUUCAUACGAUAUGGAUCACUUCAUGGAAAUAUACUUGGUCUUGAAGUCAUUUUAGCUGAUGGAACCAUUCUAGACAUGCUUACAACCUUACGCAAAGACAAUACUGGAUACGAUUUAAAACACCUUUUUAUUGGAAGUGAAGGCACCUUGGGCAUUAUCACGAAGAUUGUCGUUCUCACCCCCUGCAAGCUAUCGUCAACAAAUAGCGCCUUUCUUGCUUGUAGUGAUUAUUUAAGCUGUCAGAAACUACUUGCGGAAGCGAAACAGGACCUAGGUGAGGCCAUUUCUGCAUUUGAAUUCAUGGAUUGCAAUUCUGUUGAAAUGGCACUGACUCACAUAGAGGGAGCUCGCAAUCCCUUACCUGCCUCGCUAUACAAAUUUUAUGUUCUUAUUGAGACAACUGGGGCUGAUGAAUCUUACAAUCGGACAAAACUUGAAGCCUUCCUGUUACGUUCAAUGGAGGUGGGUCUAAUCUCUGAUGGAGUUAUUGCACAAGACUUGAAUCAAGCAUCAUCGUUUUGGCAAAUUCGUGAGGGUCUUUCAGAAGCAACAGCAAAGGCGGGUGCUGUCUACAAAUAUGACUUGUCCUUGCCUGUUGAUAAGCUCUAUAGCAUUGUCGAAGAAAUGCGAGCACGCCUAGGAAACAUAGCGAAGGUAAUCGGUUAUGGUCACCUCGGAGAUGGUAACUUGCACCUUAAUAUCUCGACAACUCAUUAUGAUGAGAAGAUUCUAGCUCAGAUUGAACCCUUUGUCUAUGAGUGGACAGCGCAUCACAGAGGAAGCAUUAGUGCAGAGCAUGGCUUAGGCUUGAUGAAAGCCGAAAAGAUUCACUACAGUAAAUCUGAAGAAGCUGUACUGUGAAGGUAAUGGCUUCAAUCAAGAAACUAUUGGACCCCAAAGGCAUUUUGAACCCCUACAAAGUUCUGCCACAGAGCAUGUUGCAAAGCUGAGGUAAGUGGCCUCUCAUGUUGCCUGUUUUCCGAAUCUUAAAGUUUUUGAAGUUUCCAAUUUAAUUUUUCAUGUGAUUUGCAAAAACCUAUGGUACCAUGUUGAUUGCUUCUUCAUUAGUGGGUUUGCAAACAAUCCAAGUCUGUUAUUCAGUUCAGCUUAUUAAGUAAGCGAGCCAAAGUUUUCUGUGUUUGGCUCGUCUGUUUGUACAGUUGAUCAGCGUUGUUCUCGAACAAGAAAUUAUGUUUAGAACACUUUCAAACACAAACAACGGUCCUUUUGAGUUAAAUCUUUGUAUUUCAUACUCUCAUACUCUCUACAACUUGAGAAGUACUGGAAUGUGAAACUCGUAUUUGUUAUGAUGUCAGCUAAAUCUUUGUAUUUCAUCUUUUCUAAGGUUUUUGUAGAUCUCUCAAUUCA